UCCGUAUAAAUUCGCAUCACGGAGUGAGGCUGCAUCCAAACCUCCUCGUAGGAGAUCGAAGAGAGGCUUUAGAUUAAUAAUCAUCGUCAAGUUAUAUAAAGGUUUAGAUCAUUAAAACUGCAGUUUAUUAAAGCGGUUCGGUUGCUGAAGGUCUGACUGAGGAUGACGGAGACCAUGCUUGAGCCCACCAUGGUGGAGGACGUGUUUGAUGAGUCCUACAGAGAGAAGAAAGGGCCCAAGCCCCCUAUCGUCGUUGUGUGGAGGAACGUGGUGCUGAUGAGCCUCCUGCACCUAGGAGCCAUUUACGGCCUGUUCCUCAUCCCGUCCGCCUCCUCGCUCACCCUGCUGUGGGCUGUGCUGUGUUUUCUGUACGCUGGUCUGGGUAUAACAGCUGGAGUUCACAGGCUGUGGAGUCAUCGCUCCUAUAAAGCCUCACUGCCUCUCCGCAUCUUCCUCGCCUUCGCCAACUCCAUGGCCUUCCAGAACGACAUCUUUGAGUGGGCUCGAGACCACAGAGUUCAUCAUAAAUACUCUGAGACUGACGCGGACCCCCACAAUGCCAAUCGGGGCUUUUUCUUCUCUCACAUUGGUUGGCUGCUGGUGCGUAAGCACCCAGACGUCAUCGAGAAGGGAAGCAAGCUGGAGCUCAGCGACCUGAAGGCAGACAAGGUGGUCAUGUUUCAGAGGAGAGUCUACAAGCAGUCAGUGCUGCUGAUGUGCUUUGUGGUCCCGACGGUGGUCCCAUGGUUGCUGUGGAACGAGUCUCUGUGGAUCGGGUUUUUUAUUCCUGCCCUGCUGAGAUACUCGGUGGGGCUUAACGCCACCUGGUUGGUGAACAGCGCCGCCCAUAUGUGGGGGAACCGACCCUAUGACAUCAACAUUAACCCCCGAGAGAACAGAUUCGUAACCUUCAGCGCUAUGGGCGAGGGCUUCCACAACUACCACCACACCUUCCCGUACGAUUACUCCACCAGCGAGUAUGGCUGGAAGCUCAAUGUCACCACCUGCUUCAUCGACCUGAUGUGCUUGUUGGGUUUGGCCUGGGAAUGUAAGCUGGCGGCUCGAGACUUGGUCAAGGCCCGGGCACAGCGCACAGGGGAUGGCAGCCACAGGAGCGGCUAAGAGUGUUCGUCUCGACUGCAGCGGUGGAAGUUUUGGCAAAACGCGUUCUGAAGACGUCUAGUCUCUAGCGCCCUCUGUGUUGUGGAGGCCGGAGCUUCAGGUUCCUCACCAGACAGGCCGAACCCUCCCAUAAACCCCCUCCAACGGUCUCAAGCACAGGACAAUUGUAUAUCAGGAACACUGCAGUCGGACACUUUCAGGAAAAUCUGGACUCUAAAUAAGGCACAUGUAACGAAUUAAGCUCCACGCAGUGGAACACCUACAGUUCUGUACUCAGCUUACUGCUGUAUGUAGAUGAUAUGAAUCCAUAAUGUUGGAAAAAUUAAGACGUUUAAAACCUGUUAAAUCGGAUGCAGGUUGGUGCUUGGAGGGUUUUUGUUCUCUAAUUAUUAUUUAAGUGUAUAAAAUGACCCUCGGAAGCAGCAGCUUCAAACAGAUUUAAUUACACACUGAACCAACAAGUGGCCUUUAAUUCAGUCUGGGGUUAAAGCUGAUCUACAGCAGCUGUACCAGCCCCAGGUGUUUAAAGGGGAACUCCACCAAUUUCUCCAAAAUUUCCCCCCUUAAUUCAGCAUUGAGGUGUAAACGGAUUCAGAGCAGUUUGGUGUGAAAUGGUUCAGAUGUCUUUACAGUGGUGGUAAUGGGAACCAGUAGUCACCAUGUUUUCAACACAAAUAGACAUUUUAUUUACUAUCCAGAACCACCAGUGAGCCUGCAUGAGUCUGACUUUAUAUGGAAUGUUGAUUAUGGAAAAUAGUGGAAAAUCUGAUAUAGUAAGUUUUCUUUGGGGACCGUUUUGCCCCACAACACCCUGCAUGUAUCCCUCCACCAUGAAUGGAGUUUGUUCUCCACACUACCGUAAACAGCGUCUCUCAUCAGGCAGUGAAUUCAUAACUAUUUACUGCAGUAACUUUGUGAGGGAGCUUUUAGAGGUGGACGUCUGGUUCCCAUCACCAGCACUGUGAGUAAUGUUGACCAAGUUUGUCUAGAAUAGUGUUUCACACCAAACCACUCUGAACAGAAUUUUGGAAAAUGGACAGAAUUCCUGUUUUAAAAUGACUAUAGGAAUUCUGUAUGGAAUUGGCAGCACUGGAACGAAUGCAAAUGUGAGACAAUCCUGAUCGGAUCGGUGUCAAACAGAAAAUGAAAUGUGCCGUAAUCUGUCUAUGUAGAACAUUUCUUUGCCAAAAUUGCGGCCUUUAAAAAGCACUUUGUCAUUAGUUUGAAAUUAUUGAUUAUAUUUAAAUGUUUUGUUUGGAACUUAGUUGUGAGAAUCUCACAGUUGCUUUUUCACUUGGAGUGUUUCAGAAAGACCUAAUUGUGUGUGUGUGUGUGUGUGUGUGUGUGUGUGUGUGCGUGUGUGUGCUGAAGUGUCUCUUUAAUCGCCGUCUCUGACACUAAUGCCAGUCUGUUCUGUUGAGGUUCUAAUGAACUGGAACGCUCCUCACAGCGUUCUGUACUGAAACACUUUUCAGGUGGAUCAUUUAAAACGUUAUGAUUCUGCUCAUCUGUGUGUCAGUAUUUCAUCAUUUAAUAAAUAAAUAUUACAAACUGCU